AUGGUUUGUGUCAAUUGUAAGCCAAUUGGCGAUACUUUACCCGAAGUGGUGGCCAUAGAGUUAUACGAAGGGGACGGCUAUAUGGAGCUCAUUUUGAAGGACCAGUCGAGUGAACGUACGUACUAUGGGGCACGUGAGAAGUACGUGAAAAACUUGGAACUCCUAUUCAACCUUCCCUUUCAAAGGAUAACCAGCGAUAGCUCGGACCCUAAACUUCAGAAUGUUGUCAUCAAGAAGGAUAAGACACCGGAUAAUACCCGGCUUAUUGUCGAUGGUAAUGACAAACCUGUUGCAUUCGUAAGGGUUCAAUUCCAGAAUGCACAAAUGAACUAGGUAUUUUAAUUUAAAUAAUGUGUUAAUUAAAUUAAUCUAAUUGUAUAUUUAUGAUAAAUAUUUGUUGGAAAAUAAAAUGCAUUAUUUAAAAAA